AUGGUCCAUGACCCGGGUCUUGAUAGCUUGGCAGCUUGGCAGCUUGGCGAAUCGAAUUCUGAAUAUACAAGCGCUGGCAAGAAACAUGAUUCGAAGAGAGCUAUUAGAACCGGUCACGGAGUUUCAACUGGCAUUGGAAAAUGUGUCUUUGGGGGACGUGGUUCAAUCGCCGGUCAGCUUUUGCCUCAAGAUUCCAAUGCGGAUAAUACUUUUCUAAGUGAUGCUCUACAUAGCUUCCGGAAAUUUUUGCGACGUGGAACCAUUCUGCAGCGACGGCAACUUCUUAUGGAAGCGCACAAGCUCUCUGCUCAAACAUCAUCAUCACAUGAUCUUCAUCUCCUUCAAUCGCCAUCCCUAGAGUUUGACAACAGUACCACGUACGCAUCUGACGUCGCAUCUGAAAUUUGUAAGAAGCGGCAUCUGGACGGUCUGUUGCAGCAAUCCAGUCCUAUAAAUGGCUCUGCUCGCAAGCGGAGAGCUCAACCCUCAAGGGCGGCCUUUAAUUUAUCAAAUACCACUGCGCACUCUCCCUCUACUAAGAAGGUCUCUUUAACUACGUUCCAUCCUCGAGAAUAUGACCAAUACCCAGAGAAUGGGCAUGGUGAAAUCCAUAUCGAUAAAGAUGCAGGAGUUUAUGGCUUGACGCCGGAACAUGUACAGUCGCCACAGACUGCAUCUUACGACCUAUCUAGCAAUCCCACUAUUCCAAACAUCCUUGUCAAGGCAAGGGAAUUCUUUGAGUUGCGGCUUGCUAACCGUGGGAAUCGCGCUAGAUAUCUUGUUCGCGCCGUCCAGGGAUUUCUUGAGGCACCUCAGCUCCCAUGUGAUUUUGCAAAGGAGAUGUGGAAUAAAAAGUCGGCAAUCUUCUCUAAACCACAAGUGACAGGGUCCACGGCUCGCUUUCGAAGUCUCUAUGAGGGCCAUCGGAAGAUUAAGAGGGGUGGGGAGGAGUACCUUGCUGCAGCUCGCUUCUGUUAUAUCUAUUUGGAACACGAUUUGGAGCAGAUAAUACAAUCGCAAAAACUUGUUUUGUCUCAAGGUAGAGGCAAAGUGACGGCUGCCUUCCAGCUACAGGCAAAGAACAUUUCCAUCACUAUGGAUGCUCUUCGAGCCGAACGUAAGGCCGGCCGAGGAUAUAUACGACUUUUAAUGGAAGGCGGACCUGGUUUUGUGCUUCGCAUGGGUAGCAAUGUAUCGACCAUAUGGGAAAGGAAGCUUAGUGUCAGCGAUAUCACUCUUAUUAUAGAAUUCAUCAAGACCUAUGCCGGCGACCUAUAUGACAACAUCAAAUCAUACGAUCAAGCUGCUGUACAAGCACUUCUUAACGGCUUCAUCGCAUAUGGUUGGACUAACACGGAGAUUCGUGAAACACGAAGCUCUCUGUUCGACGAAUUACAACGCUAUGCCAAUUUAUACAACCAAUGCCCUGAAAGAACACUCGAAGAUAAUUCCAACACAGUGUCUCUCGCAACACCAAUAUCAGAAAUCUGGGACGGUUCAUUGAGGCAGAACAAAUCCCCUUCUAUGCUUUCAAAUCUAGAUCUGCUUCUGGAAGAGAGAAAUCAGAUGAUGUCAAUGCCAACAAAUUCCGAGGGAGACCUAGAAUUAGUCCUUUGUAACGAGGACUUCGGCUAUAUCGGAACAACUGCACUAGAGCUUGAACAGCCUUUAUUCGAAGAGAAUUUAGACACAACGUUUGAUACAAUAGAUACUUCUGGCUCCGAAAUACAAGAUGAUUUUUCUCUCUUCCACGAGCUCUUCCCAGAGCUCACUGCCUAUGAAACUUCCGUUCAUUCUUUAAACAGUGGGUGUUUAGAUACGCCACCUGAGAGUUAA